AUGGCUUCAACGGCGAGUACAAUAACCGAAAUCGUGCAGCGAGUACGGACGAAAUAUCGCUGGCCGCCCGUCCAACUCAAUUUUUGGAUUCUGAUAAUGCUCGUGGGGAGCUCCACGAUCGUAGGAGUCUUUGCGAAUUUUAUCACCGUACAGCAGCAGCUGCAAGUUGGCGUUCCAUGGUAUUUCCCAUACUGGAUUACCGUUGGAGGCAUCUCGCUCUUCUUCCUCGUCGUCAUGCUCUGGCUAAUAUCGCAACGGCAACUCCUCCCUGGAAUUGUGAUAAUGGGAUCUUUCAUCCUGUUUGUUUUAUGGAUGGUGGGGCUUAUCGUCGAUAGCAUCCAGCUAUGGGGUCCUGUAGGGAGCGUGAAUAGCAACUGCCAGCUGUAUGUCACUGGGAAUAGUGUGAAAGGCCCGAGUAUGGAGACGCUCGCGUGGCUGCAGCAGAACAGUAUUUGUCAGAGCUGGACUGCUGCUUGGUCAUUUGAACUGGUCGGCUGUGUCUUCUUGAUCUGGAUGAUGGUCAUGGCGUACCAAGUCUAUUCCAACGACGUGUGA